AAAUCAUUAACAACUCUCAGACUCUAUCGGACAUCUCCAUUUUUCUCCGCUUCAGAGUUCAGACAGUACAUGUCUCUCUCUAUGUCCUUAUUUACCAUUUCUUUAUUUGAUGUUUCGUCUCUCCAUUUCUUUUCUUUCUCUAACUUCGCUGUCUCCUAACCUGAGCUUUGGAAAUUCUCUAAAUCCUGAAUCUUUAGUUUCAUUUUUCCCUUUCUAUUUAGCUUUUAUAGGGUUUCGUUUUCUUCUCCUGGAUUCAACUAACCAGAUAGUAGAUGGAUGCUUAUUAUUUAAGGCUCUUAUUUUGCACAAGUUCUUUCUCAGCUUCAUUGUUAACCCUGCUUGCUCAGAGUCUGGAGUUGAUAGGUGUUGCCAUCAACAGGUUCCUUUUUGAUGAGGUCUUCAAGUGUUAACAAUUGGAUGUUCUCAUUGUAUUGAAUGUUUCAUAUCUGGUCUGGUGGUGUUUGAUUUAUUGUGAAAUUGUAACUUCUAUCUGGUGAGUAUUGAAGUGGAAGACCGCAUCGUCAUUUCUGUAAUAUAUUUUAACCUAAAAAAUGCCUUCAUGGUGGGGGAAGUCUUCAUCCAAAGAAGCAAAGAAAAAAUCAAGCAAGGAGAGUUUUAUGGAUACAUUACACCGAAAAUUUAAACUUCCAUCUGAAGAAAAGGGUAAUAUUAGAUCACCUGGAUCUUGUAGACGGCGUAGUGAUACAGUUUCAGAAAAGGGUUCUCAAUCCCGUGCUGCAUCAAGAUCUUCAUCCCCCUCCAAAAAAGUAUUACGAUGUCAAAGUUUUGCAGAAAGGCCUCAUGCGCAACCCCUUCCUCUUCCAGGGUUGCACCCUGCAAUCGUAGGACGGACAGAUUCUGGAAUCAGUGUAUCUACAAAAACGAGAUUGGAAAGAUCCACUAAGCCGUCGUGUUUGCCACUCCCAAAACCUGGUUGUAUUCCACACAGGCCAGAUGUAACGGAUGUUGAUGGAGAUUUGGCCACUGCGUCUGAUUCUAGUGAUAGUUCAAUUGAUAGUGAUGAUCCAGUUGACUCACGCCAUCUUAGCCCGCAGACAACCGACUAUGAAAGUGGGACCAGAACGGUGAACAGUCCUUCCAGCACGAUGCACAAGGACCAUUCCCCUAUCAUCACCCGAAAGAACUCAGUAGAGGCGCUGAAGCCAACUAAUUUAUCGUUCAACAAUCAGAUACUUUCUACAUCACCUAAACGGGGACCCUUAAGCAAUUAUGCACCAAAUUUACAGAUUCCUCCGCGUGGUGCUUUUGGAAGUGCGCCAGACAGCUCGAUGUCAAGCCCUUCGAGAAGUCCUAUGAGAGCAUUUGGCACUGAUCAAAUUUCUAGCUCCACCUUCUGGGGAGGAAGGCCUUAUCCAGAUGUUUCAUUACUUGGAUCUGGUCACUGCUCAAGUCCAGGUUCAGGUCAUAAUUCUGGGCAUAAUUCAAUGGGAGGAGAUAUGUCAGGACAGUUAUUUUGGCAGCACAGCAGGGGAAGCCCCGAGUGUUCUCCAAUACCUAGCCCCAGAAUGACAAGUCCAGGGCCUAGCUCCCGUAUACAUAGUGGUGCUGUCACUCCUCUGCAUCCACGGGCUGGAGGGGCAGCCACAGAAUCAUCAACAGGCUGGCAGGAGGAUGGGAAACAAAGCCACCGGUUGCCGCUUCCUCCUAUAAAUGUUUCUAAUUCUUCCCCUUUCCCUACGCCAAGUUCACCUCCAAUAAUGUCCUCACUUCCACGAAGCCCUGGAAGGGCAGAGAAUCCAACGAGUCCUGGUUCGCGAUGGAAGAAGGGAAGGCUACUGGGCAGGGGCACCUUUGGACAUGUUUAUGUUGGUUUUAACAGUGAAAGUGGUGAAAUGUGCGCUAUGAAGGAGGUUACACUAUUUUCAGAUGAUGCGAAGUCAAAGGAAAGUGCAAAGCAGUUGGGACAAGAAAUUGCUCUUCUGAGUCGCUUGCGGCAUCCAAAUAUCGUGCAGUAUUAUGGUUCUGAGACGGUAGAUGACAAACUGUACAUCUACUUAGAAUAUGUUUCUGGCGGCUCCAUCUAUAAGCUUCUUCAAGAAUAUGGACAGUUUGGUGAGCUGGCAAUACGCAGUUAUACUCAGCAAAUUCUUUCAGGCCUUGCAUAUUUGCAUGCUAAGAAUACUGUCCAUAGGGAUAUUAAGGGAGCGAAUUUGCUUGUAGACCCCAAUGGACGUGUGAAGUUGGCAGAUUUUGGGAUGGCAAAGCAUAUUACUGGGCAAUCAUGUCCCUUAUCUUUCAAGGGAAGCCCUUACUGGAUGGCACCUGAGGUUAUAAGGAACUCAAAUGGUUGCAAUCUUGCUGUUGAUAUAUGGAGUCUUGGAUGUACCGUUCUUGAGAUGGCUACAACAAAACCACCAUGGAGCCAGUUUGAAGGGGUUGCUGCCAUGUUUAAGAUUGGGAACAGUAAAGACCUUCCAGCAAUACCUGAUCAUCUCUCAGAAGAGGGGAAGGAAUUUGUGAGGCUGUGUUUGCAACGCGACCCGCUACAUCGUCCUACAGCUGCUCAACUUUUAGAGCACCCUUUUGUAAAAAAUGCGGCACCACUGGAGAAACCCAUUUUGCCCUCUGAGCCCGCAGAAAUACCACUCGGAGUUGCUGAUGGAGCGAGAUCUCCGGGUGUUGGGCAUGCAAGGAACCUUUCUUCCUUGGAGGCAGAAGGUCUGGCAAUUUAUCAAUCCAAAGGUGCCAAAGGUGGCCCAGCAUCCAGUGAUAAUAUGCUGAGGAACAUAUCAUGUCCAGUAUCUCCAAUUGGAAGCCCGCUUCUCCAUUCAAGAUCUCCACAACAUGUGAAUGGAAGGAUGUCCCCUUCUCCUAUAUCUAGCCCCCGUACCCCUUCUGGUUCGUCCACGCCUCACACCGGUGGAAAUGGCGCUAUUCCAUUUCAUCAUCUGAAGCAGUCAGCUUACUUGCAUGAAGGCUUUGGGAGCAUGCCACGGUCCCCAAACAGUCUCUAUGUCAAUGGUUCCACUUAUCAUGACCCCAGGCCUGACCUCUUUCGGGGGAUGCAGCCUGGAUCUCAUGUUUUCCGGGAACUAAUGUCAUCUGAAAAUGAUGCUCUCGGAAAGCAGUUUGGAAGGCCUGCUGUCCAUGGGGAUUCGAGGGAAUUGUAUGAUGGUCAGUCUGUGCUGGCUGAUAGAGUAUCUCAGCAGCUAUUGAGGGAUCAUGUGAAGUCAAAUCCAUCUUUGGACCUUAGUCCUGGCUCCUUAAUGUUACGCCGCCAUAAUGGUGUCUGAUUCCAUCUUCUGAGCAUAUUCUUUGGAAGGUUGAUUUAUAAACAUGUUAGUGGGCAAAGAAGGUCCAUUUGUACAAUAAGGACCCAGAUUGGAAAAUUCUGGGACAAGGCUUGAUCUUUUGGAAACCAAAGUGGCCAACAAGAGGUUUCUCGUUACGGCCUCUCUUCGGUUUCUCACUUGGUAAGAAAUUUUGCUAUCCUAGUUCAUGUUUUUGAUGCCUGAGCUAUCUGUGCUCGAUUGAUUUUGACAUGUGGCUAUAGCUGGAACGUGCUUCAAGCUUUUAAGCUUUUCUGCUGGUAUCAAGCUCAUUGUGUUUUGCUUUGUCAAUUUCUGCGGAGCAUGAAUGCUUGAACAAUUCUCGAGUCACUUGACUGAACUUUAAACUGGGCAUCUUAUUUUGGAGGGAUCCACAGUUUCUUACAGUUUGGGGGGUGGGGGCCUGUGGGAUGGAUCCCUGUAGUGAAAAGAACUGUAUAUUUUAGAUCAUCAUACAUAUGAAGAGGAGUAAGUUGGAGAAUCAUUAGCAUUUGGACUUCAUUUUUCUUUCAUUUUGCCUUCCCCCCAAAAUUUUAGUCCUUUGCAUUUUGGUCCAAAACUACUUGUACAGAAGACGGGAAACUGGAUUUUGGGGUCCAGAUUUUGUUAAGGAGGCAGUCGGCAAUUUGCGAAGCUUGUGCUGUUAAGUUACAUAUUGCUUGAUUUUGGGUCGGUAUUAACUGUUGUAGACUGGUCUAUCUAAUUUGUUCUAUGUACAUCGUAACUGCAGUAAAUUGAAGAAAUCUGAUUCCAUUUCCUCCA